GAGCUGGGGGUGGGAGAGAGAGACACACCGAGAUGGAAGACACAAGCUUUUGUCACCUAAUCUCAGAAGUGACAGCUUGUCACUGCUGCCACAUUCUACCGGGCAGCAGCAAGCCAUGACAGCCACCCCACACUCGAGAAGAGGCCAUGAGAGGGGCACCUGGCUGGCUCAGUAGGUAGAGCGGGCGACUCUCGAUCUUGGGACCCCCCCGCCCCAGCCUGAGCAAGGGGGAGGAGCCUGUGAUGCCAGAUACACACCGCCCUUCCUGAGACGCACAGCCGCACACGCAGGAGUCUGUGGUAAGUGCUUCCUCUUUCAGCCGGAGAUCCAAAAGCAGGCCAUCAUGGCAGGCCCGAGGCGACACCCCGAUGACAGGGCUCCACGGCCCUUCUCCAAUAAACCACAGAAGACCCAGCCACGCAUGUUCUCUUCCUUUCUCUGGACCUGUCUCCUCCUUCUGCUCACAGGGCCAGGAGCCUCUGGAAAGGACUCAACCCCAACAGUGGUGCCCGGGAUUCUAGGAGGCUCGGUGACUUUCCCCCUGAACAUUUCAGUAGACACAGAGUUUGAGCACGUUGCCUGGAAUGGUCCCCAAGGUGCUCUUGCUUUAGCGACUGCAGAAAGAAAGAUUUUCGUUACGGCCAAAAGCUACCGGGACCGACUAACCAUCAGCUUGAACAGUUACUCCUUGUCUCUCAGCAACCUGACUUUGGAAGAUGCAGGAUCCUACAAAGCCCAGAUAAACUGGAAGACUUCUAAAUUCACCACUGACAAGGAAUUUAAGUUGCAUGUCUAUGAGCAGGUGCCAGAGCCUCAAGUCAUCAUGAAGUCUGUGAACAUGUCUGAUAAUGGCUCCUGUAACAUUACCUUGAUUUGCUUUGUGGAGAGGGCAGGGACAAGUACUUUGUACAGCUGGACCCCGAGGGACGCCCAUGCUUCUGAAUCCCAUGAGGGCUCCACUUUCAUCAUCCACUGGAGGCUGUGUGACCCAGACCUGCCAUACACCUGCACAGCCAGGAACCCCGUCAGCCAGAACACCUCCAGCCCCAUCUCUGCCCGGCAGUUCUGUACAGCUCCAGGAGCCUCCAGAGGAGAGUCAAUGGGGGAGAUGGUGGUGGGGAUCUUGGGGGAGUCGGUCACCCUGCCUCUAACACUCUCGGCCAAUCACUCCGGAGAGAACGCCGUCUGGACGUUUAACACAUCUAUUAUCAGCAAAGAGCAAAAAGAAGCAGCAACAGCUGACCUAUUCAUUAAGUUCAAGGAUCCCAACAAGAACUCCAGCCAAGACUACUCCCUGAUCAUUGGCCAGCUAAAGAUGGAGAAUGCUGGCCACUACUAUGCCUAUGUGUGCUCAAAGGCCUCCAGAGUCAUCAGCACAAAACAUGUCACCCUGCUUGUCUACGGGAGAUUGAAGAAGCCAAAAAUUACCUGGCAUCCUGGGCUUGCUGAGGACGGUAUCUGCAGGUUCAGCCUGACAUGCUCAGUGGAGGACAGUGGACACAACGUGACGUAUAGAUGGACCCCCCUACCGAAAGGAACCGUCGAGUCCCAAGGGGGACCUCACCUCAAUGUCUCUUGGACAAGUGGUGAAAAUCAUCCCAACUUCACGUGCAUCGCAAGCAACCCUGUCAGCAACAGCUCCCAGCAGUUUCUUUCCGGCGACAUCUGUCCAGGUCCUAAGGGAAACACAGAGCUUUUCAUUGUGCUCCUCGUGACGGUUUUCAUCCCCUGCAUUGCGGUCUUCAUCUGGUGCAUUUGGAAGCGAAAAAGACUGUGUUCAGUCCCAGCCUCCAGCUCCAGCCGCGCUGACACGCCAGCGGAUGCACCAGGGUGUCAGAAGCUGGACACUUUCCCUAAGACUGCCAAGCAACAGCAUAGGCCCACCCCCAACAGCAUCUCUGACAGCAGUGAAACAACAGAGAAGGACCAGGAGAGAACUGACACACCCAAGGCUGGAAGACACCAGGAGAAUGACUUGCUCUCUCAGGAGGGCACUGGAUCUGACUCAGCAUCUGAGGAGCAAGCAGAAUAUGAACUCAUCACCCCAGAAAGCAUGGUGCCCGCAUCUGCAGACCACACAGUGUAUACACAAGUAUUCUUCAACUUGCAGGGAAAGACCCCAGUUCCUGAGCAGAAGGAGAGUUCAACCACAAUCUACAGCAGCCUACAGACACCUCGGAAGGUGAUGCUGCCACCACAACAGAAUGAUCCUGAGUCUCCCAAUAUCCCUACCUAUGAAAAUUUCACCUGAAAAGCGAACAGCUGCUGCUUCUUUCCCCGUAGUUGGAGGGGCUGCUGGAUCAUGUCGGGCCUGGAGCUCUUCCAGACAGAAGCACUUCAGAAUUGUCUUCAGGGUCUCGAAGAUGCCUGGAUUUGACCCAGCCCUUUCCUUCCACCCCUGUGACUUCCCAAGCCCAUUAACAGAUCAGACACGGGCUCCUUCUUGGAGUCGCUGGCCUUUAAGAAGUCCCUGCUCCAUCUGUCUCCUUGUGUGCUCAUACAGUUUCCCCUUGCAGCUCAGAUGCACCACCUCAGAGCUCUGCCAAGCCUGGCCAAGUAUUGCCAAAAGGACCCUGGACCAUCACGACAUCUUCUAAACAGCUGCUAAAAUGAAUCCAACGGAUAUUCUCAUUUGUGGACACAGAGAUCUAUGUGAAAUCAUGUCCACUAUAAUACCUUUUUAAAUAAAAGGACAGAAAUAACCUAAA